AACAAUUCCUUGGUAUGUUAACGUUGCUUUCAGUACACGUUUCAAGUUCUAUAGACAUAAUGUGAUUUGUUUAACGAUCAUUUGAAUUUAAAAACAAAAGUUGGGAACCGGUUAUGUGGCAACAGGCGUUGACUUUCGCCUUAGCUGGCCUCUUCGUGAUAGCGGAGUGCGGCCCCCCUGGGAAGCCGGCUCUAGGAUGGGGAGAGCGUACCUUCGCAAUCGUUGAGGUCAACCAAGCGGCUACGGCGUACAACCAGCUCGUCACACGAAAAGAAGCUGCUGAUGUCUCUGUAACGUGGAACGUUUGGUCUGGAGAUGCGGCUGAUAGUGCCAAGGUUUUGUUGGAUGGCAAGCCGGUCUGGACUGGAGCGUCAGGUGCUGCAUCGUCAGCAACCUUCCCUGUUAAGAAAGGUGGUAGAUAUCAGAUGCAAGUGGAACUUUGUAAUUCAGAUGGGUGCACUUCAAGCGAUCCCACGGAGAUCGUCGUAGCGGACACCGAUGGAAGCCACCUUCCACCCUUAGAAUACUCAAUGGGAGAGAGAAACAAACCUUUUAAACAGACUUCAGGAAAGGUUGUGGGUGCGUACUUUGUUGAGUGGGGUGUCUAUCCUAGGAAAUUCCCAGUCGAUCGCGUACCAAUCCCUAAUUUAACCCAUCUUCUAUAUGGUUUUAUCCCAAUUUGUGGUGGAGAUGGUAUUAACGACAGUUUGAAGGAAAUCGAAGGCAGUUUUCAAGCGCUACAGCGCUCUUGCAGUGGUCGCGAGGACUUCAAAGUUUCUAUUCACGAUCCUUGGGCAGCUUUACAAAAGCCCCAGAAAGGGUUAUCAUCUUGGAAUGAACCAUACAAAGGCAACUUUGGUCAACUGAUGUCUUUGAAGCAAGCGAGACCUGACCUGAAAAUCCUUCCUUCUGUUGGAGGCUGGACAUUAGCUGAUCCUUUCUUCUUCUUUACCGACAAGACUAAGAGAACUCGUUUUGUUGACUCAGUAAAGGAAUUCCUUCUAACAUGGAAGUUCUUCGACGGUGUUGAUAUUGAUUGGGAGUUCCCUGGUGGUAAGGGCGCUAACCCUCAUCUCGGUUGUCCGGAAGAUGGUGACGUGUACGUUAGUCUUAUGAAAGAACUGCGCGAAAUGCUGGAAGAGUUAUCAGCUUCAACUGGUAAGAAAUAUGAGCUGACAUCUGCAAUCAGCUCCGGUUGGGACAAGAUUCAGGUGGUUGACUAUAGCAAAGCCCAAAACUACAUGGACCACAUUUUCUUGAUGAGUUACGAUUUCAAAGGUGCCUGGUCGAACGACACUUUGGGCCACCAAACGCCAUUAUACGCUCCAGAAUGGAAUCCUAAAGAGACCUACACAACUGAUUUCGGUGUAAAGUAUUUGUUAGCGCAAGGUGUGAACCCGAAGAAGAUUAUUGUUGGUGUCGCCAUGUACGGGCGUGGCUGGACUGGUGUCAACGGUUACACAGACAACAAUCCUUUCACUGGCAACGCGACAGGACCAGUCAAGGGCACUUGGCAAGACGGCGUCGUGGACUACAGGGAGAUAGCGAACGAAAUUGCACAGGGUAAAUGGGAGUUCCAUUACGACAACGUCGCACAAGCACCAUACGUGUUCAGACCAGCCACAGGGGACCUCGUGACUUACGAUAACGCUAGAUCCGUCAUCGAGAAAGGAAAGUACGUGAGGAAUAAUAAACUCGGCGGGCUGUUCGCUUGGGAAAUCGACGCUGACAACGGCGAUCUCUUGAAUGCGAUGAACAUGGGCCUUGGUAACAGUGCGGCUUGAAGGGCUUAGUGUAUUAAAUGUGAUGCUAUAAUAAGUUCGUUUUAAGAAAGGUCUCACCUAGGUUUAUCAAUACGUAUUUAUAAUAAAGACUGGUAAAUUUAAA